AUGCCCGUCACCGAGACCAAAAGUCUAGGCGAAUACGAAGAACUCAUCAAGAAGUUCAGAAUCGUCAUAAUAAACGCAUGUGUGUCAUGGGCCGGCCCUUGCAAGACCAUUAGCCCUAUCUACGACAAACUCUCCAACCAAAUUCCCUACAAUCCGAAAUAUUUUGUCCUCGCUAAACUCGAUAUCGAUGAAGUACCCGAUCUAGCUGAGAAGCUUGAUGUCCCAGGUGUUCCGUUUUUCAUGGCGUAUGAGGAUAGAAAGAGGAAGGAUAAUGUCUUGAUGCCGAGCCCUAGCUCACUUCAGAAAUUCCUUAUUUCGUGGUCUGACAAGGCGGCGGGAGUAUGA